AUGGCCAGUUCCCCUUCCUCCGGGCCUGCUGCAGCAGCUACAGUUCCAACUGCCUCCACUAAGAAGAUGCGAGUUCGAAGCAAGUCUACCUCUGCGGUUGAAGAUGUCAAAGACGAAGUCCAAACGACUAACGAAAGGCGGGCCAUCGAUGGUGUUAAGUCGAGCUUAAGGAAUGGUUUUAACGGGACAGAGAACGGUUCCGAAUCCUUGUUCGUCAAAACCCCGAAGGACAAACACCACGACAGAAAAUCCCGUACUGGACGAAGAGGAUUACCAAAGAAGGGUAAGCAUCUACCUCCAUUUUAAGCGUUCUUUAGUACAUUUUUCAUCGUAAACUCUGCUCUGGUUCGAAAUAAACUCUCUCCGUGAAGUUGAACUAGUGGUUGACUUGUAAUCUUAUUUUCGACGGUUAAGCAAGACGUCGUAUCAAAACACGUCUUUCUAGUUCAUGAAUAUUGCAUAUGGUGCGGUUGAUCUACGCAAUGCCACGCGGUCGAUAAUAGAGAGAAUGUACUCAAAACUGGAGUCUUCAUUUGCUCUUUAAGUAUUAGGAAGUUAGCAGUAGUAGUUUUGGAAGUAAUAAUAUAACUUAUAUAAACAGAACACCAAACGGUUCAUCUUCCUAGGCUUGCAUGUUUUCUUGUCGCAACAAAUACAGUUUAGCUUUUGCGCAUAGAUGCAAAUUUUAGCUCCUUGUACAACUAGCCUAGCAUAUUAAAUACGUGUACAAUAUUGUGUUUUGAACUAGACAAACCUUCAAAUACUCUUCUUCGAAGAAGUAUUGUUCAUUCCACUUCUUUAUAUUAAACCUGAUCUGCGUUCCUGCUUGCUAUUUCGGGCUCAUGCUUCGCUAGCUUUUGUACAAAUGUACAAACUUUUGUACUAAAAACUGAAAUGCAAGUUUUGAGUUUAAAUGCCGUCUUAUAAGCUUAACUGUAAAUCUAGGCAGAAGGUCCUUCAUUUGAACGAUUCCUACAACCCUGCAGAAGUCUUUUCGGUUUCGCUAAUUUAGAGGUUGUCGAUGUCGGGUGUUCGUUUCAUGCGCAUGUUAGACUUUAUAGCAGAAGUUCAUGAUGUUUCGAACAAUUUUGUUAAUCACAGAAAAUCUUUACAGUGCUCCAUCCGUUAUCAAUUUAUAAAACAUUUAAUAACCACUUCCCUGAGAGAAAAAAAAACGAAUCUUCCGCCGUCUUGAAGCUUCAGGUUGAAGAUUGGCGCUUGAGUUGUUUGUUACACCUAUCUUGUCGCGGCAAAGAGGACCAAACGUUUCAGCUGGCGAGUGUUCUUUACAGAGGUGUUUCAAACUCAUCAAGCGUGGGUGAAUUGAGGAACAAUGGUACUAUGUGUGUAAUGACUCAUUUAUCAUUCAUCACAUUGCUAGAAUCAAGGAAGUGGACUGGUGGAAAAACGGUUAUUUUAAAAUUCCAUUCACUUGUAGUUUAUCUUCAAUAUUAUACUAUUACGCCCAGAAUAGAAAGCACAAAUGCUAAAGUUUUGCCCAGAUUUCCUUAAAAAGAAAAGAAACUGAAAGAUUGAGUGUAUUAAAAAUUAUCAAAACUUUAUAUAGCAGCCCAGUUGUUAAAUAUACAAAAGUAGAACCCCUGCCCUCAGCCUCCAGCAAUGGUGGGUAGCCAUUGAUAAGGCGUCAAAGAUAUCUUAGUUUUAGUUAAUAGAAGAUACUGGGUUGUUACUGAUUUCUUGAGUUCAGGGCUUCUUGGCUGGUACAAUUUUUUUUAGAAUUCAGCUUGACAUGCUUGCUAUUUUACAUAUUUAUUUAUGGGUUAAUGAUGUUUGUUUUGGUCAUCAAAAUAUUCAUUUCUGUACAUAUGCAUCUCUGGAGCAAAAAGAACUUGAAGAUUAUCAAGCUAUCUGUUAUUUGUAAUUCCCUCGAUAUAUAUAUGUAGUCACAAUAACAUUUUCAGAUAAUUUCUCACUAAAAAUAUAUCCCUUUGUCAGUGGUGAAGGCCAAAACAGUGGCUAUUGAAAAACAAACUUUGUGUUUCAGUUUCUCAGUUCAAACCUACAGUUUUUAUCAUGUAAUGUGCUAUUAACUCCUUCAUGAUCCUGCCCUGGCAUAUCUUAAGGUGCUCUUGACCCCUUAAUUAACCAUCUGUAAUCUUAGAGGGGGUUUGGGGCAUAACAUUUAUAUUUACUGUGUGCAGCCUACUCCUCACAUUUGAGGAUUAUUGACUGGGUUAGUCAGCAAAAAAAAAAAGAAGGUCAACUUAAUAGGCUAAUAAAAUGGCAGGUGAGUUAGACAGCUUACAUGGGCUUUGAAAGUAUCUAAAGAGCAGUGUUCCCUAAAGACAGAAGCAGGCAAAUUUAUUGUUCCACUGAAUAAUUGUUCUUGUGGUAACUUACCUUGACAGCUGGUGAUUUUGUUACAAAUAGUUAAUGGCGACUCCUGGGACUCAUCUUGUGAAAAAUCGUGAGUCCCGGACGGUCCAGAACCAGUGAGUCCUAGUUAAAAAAUAAACGAGUCUGAAAUUGAAAAUUCUUGGGCCUUUAUGUAACCAGACAGUUAAUCUGAAGACAGACUUCAAAACUCUGUAUCACAGUAUACUGAAAUUAAAAUAUAGUCCUUCUAUUUUAAAGCGCAACAAAGGCUAAAAGAAAUAUGCAUUGUUAGACAACUGCCAAUGAAUAACUGCCAUGAAAAUUACGUGAACGGGCCCGAUAUUUCUACAGAUACACAUGUUUAGAUCGAUCGAUUGAUCGAUCUUGGCGCCCUAUGGGAUGCAUGCCAUGAAUUAUUUUGUGCUUUUGCGGAUUUUUAUGCAUCAGCAACGCGGGAUGCAGAGGUAACAAAAUCACUGGACAGCAUGAUUUUCUUUUACAAGGUGGAGCAGGAGGAAAGGGUACUUGGGGAGCCAUUGGUGAAGUUUUGGAUGAAGAUUAUUUCAAGAUCCAAGACCAGCAUGAUCCAAACUACGAAUCAGAGGAAGAUGAAAAUGUAAGUAAAAUAAAAACACAGAGAAAGGCUUGAAAUUUUUUUGAAAUACCAAAAAACAAUAAUAAUAAAUAUUUAUUGCUAAAAGUAGAAUCCUAGGAGUUGAGAAUGUAUUCUUUUGGUGUCUUUUCAUUAAAAUAUUUCUGUGAGGGCUGCACAAUCUAAGAAGUAAAAUGUAAUAAGGCCAUUUACUAAGUACUUUUAACUGAAACUUGACAUUGUAAAGCAAUGUCUGCUCAUUUGAAGGUAUUUUAUAUUUUCCCUAUAGGAACCUUACGAGAUUGAAAUGUGUAAACCAGAGCUUACAGAGGAAGAGUUUAGCAAAAAUAUCACGCCUAUUGUUCAGGUGAGGCCACAAGUUUUAGUGAAUUCAGUAAUUUUGAGUACCUUGUAAUGCAAUGUAUGACAGUUUGUCUUGUUUUGUCCAGGAAUACUUUGAGCAUGGUGAAACUGAGGAUGUCUUGGUAAGUACUGUUCUUGUGUUCAUUGACCUGCAGGCAUCUUUUAAUUAAUUCUGGUGAGAUUGUUCCUCUUGAUUAGGACAACACAUCCAAAUCUAGUGUUCCUGUGGCACAAAGGCAGAAGUUUUCAAGCUAUCAUUGGUGACUGCCGCCCUGCUAAUUUUAUCAAGGGCAUCUCGGCCGCAGGAAACUGCACUGCUUUGGACUCGUUUUUGUUUUCUUUCAGCUUUAGUCUCAUUUUCGUGCAGAUGUCGUGCCCGUAGAAUAAGACGAACAUGGAUCCAUAAUCAAUAAUUAUUACUUAGUAAUAAUUUACCAAGGAUUCUCAAGAACUAGUGUUAAUAUAUAUACAUCAUCUUGAUUUUUGGCCAUCUCCUUAAUUUAUAUAUUUCAUGUCAACAAGAGUUUGCAUACCAAAACUUGAUGUGAUAUUAUAAGCUGCUAAAUAACUAGAUGCUUAAAGUUUUGGAUGAUCUUAGACUAUUUUAUAAGUUGCGAGUCUACAAAAUAAUGGUUUUCUUGUGACUUCGACCUCAGUAAGUUGAAAGUUGCAAGGAUUUUUUACUUGCAAUUUUCGUCCUACAUUAUGUAUACUUAGUUUUCUCUAGAUGCUAUAAUGGUGUAAGGUCAAUUGUGUUUUUGAACUAUAUUUUUGUCCACUGUUAUGUUAAAGUGGUAGUCUGUUUUAAAAUGUCUGUUCAUGAGAUUUUUUUGUGUUGCAAACUGCAGAUGUCGUUAGCAGAACUUAACAUUUCUUCAAGGAAAUAUAAGGUCAGUGCAGAUUUACUAGCUUUCACUCAGUAAAAAAAUAGAAGUUAGAACUGAUGUUUAUGAUUUGAAGUUUUUAAGUGAUCAACAUAUUUUCCAGGAAAACUUUGACUUUGAAAAGUUUUUUAUAAAUAGUUAUUAUUAUUAUUAGUUUCCAAACCUACUUACUUUUAAGUCACUUGUAAGCCUGGCAAGGUUUUGUUGCUGUUCUGUUAAUUAGCCCAACCAUAACUGGACAAUUACUCCUAAGUUGACAAAAUGAUAUAAUGUUUAAAUUAACACAGGUUCCUGCUUUGGCUGUUUGCCUUGCACUGGAAAAGAAGGUAAAUAAAUGCUAUUAGUUUUAACAUUCAUUAUGGUUUAGAACUACAGUAGAAACCCAAUAACUUGCACUCGGGUAACUUGAACUCCCCUCUAACUCAAACUAAGUCUAAUUUCCCUUGGAUUUCACCCCACUUUUCAGUCACGUUUACUCAGUUAACAAGAACUCAGAUAACUCUAAUUCCCCGCUAAGUUGAACUAAAUUUCCUUUCCCUUGAUCAAAGAUUCACUAAAAUUUACCUCAAUAACUCAAAUUCCUGUUCUUGUAACACCACUCGGAUGCCAUCCCAUAAGUUCAUCUUGUUGUGUAAGGGUAAAACCACCAAAUCUAACACUGGUCAACACUACAACAAUUCAGUUUUAAUUGGUUCAACAAACAGAUCUUGUUUUAUCAUAAAAAAAUGGUAAACAUGUUACCAUUUCUAAUGAAGUAAGUUUAAUUUGCACUGCACUAUACACUGAAGUGCUGGAAAAUUAGUAACUAUCAAUUUUUGACAUGGCACAUUGAAUUUUGCAAUCGACCCGUUUCACUCGAACCUUCGCUAACUCGAACUAUUUUUCCUUUCCCUUCAGAGUUCGAGUUACUGGCUAGGGGUUCUACUGUAUUUUUCUUUUCAGAGUUCAUAGUUUGUUCCAGGAAGGGAGUGUCACCUGAAAGUUUGCUGGCCCUUUAAUGUCCAACAAAUGCCUGAAUAGCUGAAAGAUGUGAAAUAUAGGGUUGUGUCACAUAUUUUAAAGGAACAAGCUGUACAAAAUGUUUUUCUGUGUUGAUUUUUUGCAAAACACUAAUUACUUGGCUUGUUAUGUUCUGCAACACUUAAGUUUGAAUUAACAUGAUUUGUUACAGGGAACACAAAGAGAAAUGGCAUCUGUGUUGAUAUCUGAUCUUUAUGGCAAACAGCUUACCCAAAAUGACAUUGCAAAAGGUAUGUUUUCCAAUAUUAUGUACAAUUAGCUUUAAGAUAAAAGGUGGCUGCAGGGAAUAAUAAGUUCCAUCUUAGAUAAGUCCAUCUUAUAGCAGUGUUGUCCUUGUCAGGCGGUAACCAAUAAAAUUUACCGCCUGAAGCUACACUUCUUACCACCUGCAACCACUUGAAGGUCGACUAAAAUUAAAUAAAUAGUUUUAAUAAAUAUGCAAGUUGUGAUCUGAUCCGAUUCUCACAAGGAAUGAAAUUACGCCGCUCUGGUCCAUAUGUUUGGCCUUACCGGCCAUGAAUGGUCCCUUACCCACUGAGCUGAAAUAAAUGCUGUUAUAGAGAGCCAAGUAGUGUGGCUGGAGAAUGGCAGUCAGGCCACGUUUAGGUGUUUGUUUUAGAAAUAAGUUUCUUCCACAGAGGUGUAAUUUAGUGGUAAAUUAUUAAUUUCUUAAAAUUUGACCCACCUCUCUCCUUUGCUAUACGCAGCUUAAACGUUAUACAGCAACUCAUUACCCCCAAAUGACUUAGUUUAUAUUUUUAAGACUUCGUUGAAAAUUACACAUCAAAAUCAAGCUUGCAAUGUAAUAAGGGUUCACAGAUAAGUGAUUUUAAUAUGUUUUAUUAUGGUGUAGUUAUCAGUUGGUGAAACAAGACUGAUAUUUUUGUGGAAUUUUUAACUUUUAGGAUUUCAGCAGCUACUUGACGAUCUUGAUGACCUGUCCUUGGACACUCCAGAAGCCCCUGAGGUUAGUUCCAACCUGCACAUUAAUAAUGAAUUAAUAAUUUUAUAACUGUAGAGUCACGAGUCUGUGUACUUGAAGUUUGCUGAAAACUGGUUUAUGAGGGGUAGGGUGGUGGAGUUCCUGGAUCCACCCCUUAAAAGUGCUGGUAGCUGUAGUAUAAUAAUGCUAUUGCGAGAGAGGCCUACUUACGAUUAUUAUUUUUUGGCUUUGAUUUGCAUGUGAAGGUGCUUGGAAAGUUUAUUGCUCGUGCUGUUGCUGAUGAUUGUCUACCACCAGCUUUUAUCACCAAUUUGGGUGACACUCCUGAAGAGUCUAAUCAACGGUAAGCAACUCAUGCAACUGCUUUUGUAAGUGUGUGGAAUGACAAGCACCUCUGAUCUUGAGACGUUUUGAUUUAACAGUUAAUAUCAUUGUGAACCUGGUAAGCGUAAAGUGCAAGGCUCGAAAUUGCGACUGAUACAGUUGCCACUGCGACUAACAUUUUCUCCUUGGCAACUAAAACUUCUGGUUUAGUCACCAUUUUUGCGUCCAGAUUUCUCUAUGAUUUAGAUUAAAUUAAAAGACUAAGGUUAAAACAAACAUUCCAUCUUUUCUUGCUUUGUUGUUGUCAUAAAAAAUAUGCCAAGUUGCAUAAACAAAGCCAGUUUACCUCCAAUUGUAUACUGACUCCUGUCCGGAUAUUUUCAAACAAUCAAAUCUGAUAGAUUGUGCCUAACUAUGAGCUGAGUAAUUUACAUUAUAAAAACUGGCAACUAAAAAUUUGCAUUUGGCGACUAUUUUUCUUCAGUGGGUCACCAAAAGGCGACCUGAGGAUUUUUUUAAUAUCGAGCCCUGAAGGGACAUGAACAGAUCAUCAAAAUUGUAGUCAGAUAAUCCGAAUUCUAUAGCUGACUUGAGGUGAAUAACAAAAUUGAAUGCCACAAGACAGUUGAUGCCUUCGUGGGCAUCCACCUCUGGAAAGUGACCACCUCCCAUAACCGACCACCUAUCAGUAACACCAAACUUUUCCCAGUCAAAUGCCUACAAUCAGAACCUCUCGUAAAAUAUGACCACCUCCCAUAAGUGACAGCAACCACUUUUUGGCCUGAUGGUUUAUUAUUUUUCAUUGUUUGUGUCCUCUUGUAACAACCUGAUGCAUGAUGUGGUCUCUGUUCACUGUAUAUACACUAUGCCGCUCACUAUAUAUGUUACAGGUCAAAUUUGACUUCAAGUUUAAUAAUUUUGAUUUAACCUAGGUUGACUAUCAAUUUUCUUUGUCUCCUUUCCCUAAGAGACACAAAAAAUUGGGAUUCAACCUAGGAUGAAAAUAUUUAAGCUGAAUUCAAAUUUGACCUGUAACAUAUACGUGACUAAGAAAUCCCAUGCAAUAAAUCAUCUUCCAAAAAUUAGAUGUGGCGGAACCUCUUCUUGUUAGAGACACCUGUUUGUUGAUUCUUGUGAGUGACCACCCCCCAUAAGUGACCGCUAAAUCAUUGCAUUUUGGGUCUUUGCUAAAGGGAGGUUAUUAGAACGGGCAUUACUAGGAGUGACCUUUGAGUUAACCACAUAAUUUUACACUUUAACAGGAAAGCACUAACUGAAGCAGAUCUGCUGUUGAGAUUAAAGCAUGGAAUGGUACGCUUAGACAGUGUGUGGGGUAUUGUUGGAGGACGCCGCCCAGUGAAGCAACUUGUUAAAAAGGUGAGGAUGAAUUCCUAUUGCUUGAGUGUUUCUGCUUCCAACACAGCUGCAGUUUUGGGAUUAAAAUACCAUGCUGCAUCCCUGUCAAAAUGGGAGUGGAAGCCAGAAAUUAUUUUUGAUGACAUCUAACAAUAUCACCAAAAGCGUCUGACUGGGCAACGUGGAAAAAGCUGUGACGCUGUUUUCCACAUUUUGACCAUGCUGUUCAUAUUUUCCCAAUGUCUUUGCUUUGCUAUAAUACAGUAUAACAAGUCACUUUAUGAGUGGUCCCAAAAUUCCAGAUCAUUAUCAGAUUAAUAUUUUUUAUUAUUAACUGUAUUUUUCUCCUGUAGAUGUUGUUGCUACUUAAGGAGUAUCUGAAUUCAGAAGAUGUUGAAGAAGUGAGUCAACAUUCUGAAUGUAUUUUAAAAACUGAAAACAUGACUAACUUUUCCAGUUUGAUAUUGAUAAAUUAUUUAUUGCAAAGAAGGCACUAAGAAGAUAAGACAAUAAGACUUGCAAGCUCUGACUUGGUAAUUUUUAAGAAGAGUAAUGUAAUGAAAAUUAAAGCUCGUGAUGAAUGAUAAAUCCAUCAUUUUUUUUAAGGCAAGUCGCUGCCUCCGUGAGCUGGAAGUACCACAUUUCCACCAUGAGUUGAUAUAUGAGGUAAUAUUUUUUUUUGUUGCUUUAACCACCCUACUAAUGGAUAAUCAGAAGUACUGUCAUCACUUAAAUACAUAUAUCCCAAUCUUCUCGCAACUCCACCACCAAAAAACACCGGCUUAUCCUGCCAGUUACGCAGGCUAGUUCUACAAUAGCAGCCAUGGAGAGGAAGCAACAAUUUUCAAGAUUAUUAUACUUGUAGUAAUUUCAAAUUUGUUUCACUAUCGGUUGGGAGACUUUGCUUAUAGGCAUGCCUUCACCAUCUAUUUGUGUAUAUGCUCCUCAAAGAGAGAUCAAGAAGAAAAAUUUAUAAAGUUCUUAUUACUUCAUGGUUAAAAGAAACAUUAUAUAAAUAAACAAUCCAAUGUUUUGGUUCUAGUCAGAAUUAAUGAAGGCAAAAAUUAAAGGCAUGGUCUGUACCUCAAACCAUGAUAGAUAAAUGUAGUGCCAGGAGCGGAUCUAGGAUAAACACUGACCUAUUUCCCUUGGGAAAUUUUUUGGAAUUUUGACUCCCUAAAGUCCCUUCUCCUGGGUUUCUGAGUAAUUCAGACAAGAUAUUCACUGACUGUCCACACCAUUUUCCAGAUUUCAUCUUAAAAAGUUUUUUUUAAAAUCAAAAAUAUAUUUAUUAUACGAAGAAUCUGACCGAUUUCCGUAAAACGGUGGAAACUGGUGUAGAUCCGCGCCUGAGUGCAUACCUUUAAAAUCUAAGUUGGUGCUGUUCCUUUAUAGAAUAUUAUUAUCUUCAGAUAUUAUUUCCUUUUAAAGCCAAUGUUACUGUAUGUUCUAUUGACAGGCCAUUGUAAUGAUGCUGGAAGAUGGCCAUGAACGAGUGAUGUCCUUGAUGAAAGACUUGUUUCAGUUCUUCGCAAAGACCAACUUUGUCACCCCAGUCCAAAUGAAAAGUGUAAGCUUUUGGACUCAUGACAAGAUACCUUAUAUUACUGAAUUCAGUUGAGUUAUGGUGGCACUAGCAAAGCAAACCAGGCUUAACUUCUUGUUUUCUUAAACUACUUUCUCAGGGUUUUGAACGGGUGUUUGAGUCAUUUGCUGAUAUCCAGUUGGAUGUUCCACAUGCCCAUACUUCCCUGGAGAAAUUUACAGACAUGUGUGCUCGUGAUGGAAUAAUUCCAAUUUCCCUGACUUUGAAGGUUCCAUCCAGGUAUGAAACACAAUCGAUAUCAAAAUAUUGUUCACCGUUCCCUGGUCAUAAAGUUAUUUGUCUCUUAUCAGUAAGUUAUCCAACAAAUUUUAUCAGGGCGCACUAACGAUAAUAAUUUUUGGUGCUUUAGGCAGUCUUAGCGUGUAAAAAUUGGCCCAAGUCUUUAAAGUUUCAAUCCAUGUUGUGUCCCUCGAUGCUAUCUGUAGCAGCACAUGACAGGAAACUAUGUUGAUGCCUAAAUCUAGUCUUGAAUAACAAAACUGGACCAUUACAUUUGGAAUUCAAUUGAUGCGAAGACACGUCUUUGUUUUCUGAAAAGAAAGCAAUCAGCGUGACAAAGCCCCCUCGAAAUCCUUAAGAAACCUCUUCUGUUUUGCAUUGACAGGGGUCGCAAGCGCUUUGUGAGUGAGGGUGAUGGAGGACUAGUAAAGGUAUAACUCACGCAGCCGUUCACCCAAGGAGCAAUUGAUGAGCCAGACCUGCAAAUGAACAAGGCCUUCUUAGAACAGGGAGAUCUUUCGUGGUUAAAAUAAUAGUCACAAGCCGGCACCUGACCUCUGAAUUAGUUUGAUUGGUGUGUGGGAUAAUUAAGUACUGGGAAUGUAGACACUUACUGUUUUUUCCAAUAUUCAGAUCUGCAAAUUGGAUUGCCCCCUUAUCAAAUUAUUGUCCUCUGUCUGGUCAAACCAGCGUGCAGACGUUUCUUAUUUGAUUCGAAUCAGUAUAGAAUUUUGAGAAAGUCUGCCCAAACUGGUUGAAGGGCAGUAAACUGAUGAAGUAAAUAGGAAACGUAUGUGAGCAGGUUAUAGAUGGUCUGGUCCCGUUAUUCUUCACAUUCUAAAUCAGGCUUGUUUCAAACGUCGUGCUAAGCUGGGCCGACUGUAGCUCCGACUGCAGCACGACGCUAGCACGACUUGGUUUCAGACAUCAAAUUUAAUUCAGUCGAAUAGAACGGCUGUUGCCGAAAACAAAACACAAAAGUAAAACGGUUUAGCAAACUUUUUAAAUGUAUUCUAACGUGUGUAUAAUUUAUGAAUUGAGUUCGGCACGGCAGUAGCGCGAUGUUCGAAAACAAGUGGAGCUACUGUUGUGCCUAAGUCGAAUUUAAUUCGAUCAAUUUAGUUCGGCGCGGCAGUAGCACGACGCUUGAAACGGGUCUUACUCUUAUCCUCUCUUCAAAUUUUCGGUAAGACACUACGAAACGUUUAUCAGGGAUUUUCAUCUCACACGUUGUUACAAUUUACCUUGUUUGAAACAAUAGUUGAUUCCAGAGUGAACUGCAAGGGUUUAAGGUCAUCUCGCCACCAAACCAUCUCACCAACAACGAAAUCGCCAUCAAGAUGUCAACUCGCCAACACAUAAUAAUUCUGCAAUAAUUGACACAGUAGCUAGGAUUUUUACUUGUUCGUCAAGCUCAGUACAAAUCUGUCGAUCUGUGCUUUCGAUGAGUAUUAAGAUAUGUAAUUGUUGGUGGCGAUUUCGUAGGUGGCGAAUUGACCGGAUAUUACUGCAAGCUUGUACGUGAAUGAAUUCAGUUUCGGUAUUUGCACCCGCUAAAAUAAAAACCUAAACCUGUGCCCAAGUGAAAAAUACUCUGUUUUUGUACAGGUUGUUAGGGAUCAUUGCCUUGCCUACGUUAAUAUGCUUCACGUAAAACUGCCGUAGCAUCUUACUGAGUUUAAGUGCGAACAACGUCGAAUUGUGGCUUGGAAUUUAAACUUUGGGAGUAACUAUUUCAAAACUGAUUUAAAAAUGCUCCAAGGGUGUUUCUAGAUUAAUUGGAAAAAAAAGAAAGUGAACACAAAACUUCAAUGGGAUAACUAAAUGGGUAGUUGGUUGGGAGAAGAAACGUUAUUUUCUUGUAAUGUAGUUAGUCCGUUUAUCUUGGGCACUAGGGAAAAUUGCUUCUGUAUAAUUAUUCAAAUUCUCAUUCUUAGGAUCGCUUUGCUUUCUCAGUAAGGAUGUGUUUUUCGAUUGACUGUUUUUGCGGACUGAAAACACAUAGGAACCUUAUUGCAAUUUUCUUGUGAGGAUCUUUCAGUCAUUGGAAUCCUGUAUGAGUUGUCUUUAGAGAAGUGAAAAGAGAGAAAAGGAAAGGGGAAAAAACUAAAAUAACAAGAAAAACGUUCGGUCAGUCAAACGCGCCAUGUUAGCGGCAUAUGUUUAGUUGUCUACAGGAAGGUUCUCUUUUUUCAGUUUAAUUUAAUUGGUACCAAAUCUCAAUUACUGACAGUGCAAAAUCACUCUAAGUCAUAACUAAGUUUUCUUAUUCAAACACGUUGUAUCUCCCUGCUCGUAUGUGUAAACUGUACAGAAACUCUGGCUUUAAAAACUCAAUAAAAUAAAUAAAAAAUUCAAACGAAAAGUAUCGAGUGAUGUUUCUUUACCUUAU